GGCAUUGUUAGAGCUCUGAGAGAAUACCAACAGAAGCUGAUAGAAGGCAAUGUUACUGUGUAUGUCAGGAGGGCAGGGCCAAACUAUCAGGAGGGGCUCAGGAUCAUGAGAGAACUGGGAAAUACCCUGGGAAUUCCAAUCCAUGUAUUUGGUCCAGAAACCCAUAUGACAGCUAUUGUCAGUAUGGCUCUUGGGAAAAGAGAGAUUCCAUUAACGCCACGGCCCAUGAAUACAACGGCAAACUUUUUGUUGCCAACUGGAGGGGCCUCUCCCUCAACUAGCAGAAGAGGAUCAGUUAAUGAAUCCACACCGAAAUCUGAGGUCAAGGUCACUGUUCAAGGUGAAGGUCAAAAGGCCACAUCAAAGUCUGAGAGUACACGGCCCCUGUUUACAGAGAAGACACAGUGUAUUAUCUGGGGAAUGCAGCAGAGAGCCGUACAGGGGAUGCUGGAUUUUGAUUACGUCUGCUCCAGGCGAGACCCUUCUGUGGUGGCCAUGAUUUAUCCAUUUACGGGAGAUCACAAACAGAAGUUUUAUUGGGGACAUAAAGAAAUCCUUGUUCCAGUUUACAAGAACAUGGCUGAUGCAAUGAAGAAGCACCCACAGGCAGAUGUCCUCAUCAGCUUUGCUUCACUAAGGUCGGCUUUUGAGAGCACCAUGGAAACUAUGAGAUACCCACAGAUUCGUACUAUUGCCAUUAUUGCUGAGGGUAUUCCAGAAAAUCUUACAAGACAGAUCAUUAAAGAAGCUGACGAGAAAGGAGUGUUCAUCAUAGGACCUGCGACAGUAGGUGGCGUGAAACCUGGAUGUUUUAAAAUUGGUAAUACUGGAGGAAUGUUAGACAACAUCCUGGCAUCUAAGCUCUUCAGACCUGGAAGUGUUGCGUAUGUAUCUAGAUCAGGAGGCAUGUCCAAUGAAUUGAACAACAUCAUCUCCCUUAAUGCUAAUGGUGUUUAUGAGGGGAUAGCCAUUGGAGGUGACAGAUACCCUGGCACGACUUUCAUGGACCAUAUACUAAGAUACCAAGACGACCCAAAAGUCAAAAUGAUUGUAUUACUAGGAGAGGUAGGUGGUACAGAGGAAUACCACAUUGUGAGUGCUAUGAAGAGUGGACGUAUCAACAAACCUCUGGUUGCCUGGUGUAUAGGAACCUGUGCCAAAAUGUUCACAUCUGAUGUGCAGUUUGGCCAUGCAGGUGCUUGUGCUAAUGCAGAGGCAGAAACAGCCUCAGCUAAAAACCAAGCUCUAACAGAAGCAAAGGCACAUGUUCCCAGAAGUUUUGAUGAAUUGGGCACUCUCAUAAAAGAAGUUUAUGACAAGCUGGUGGAGAAUGGGACCAUCGUACCAGAACCUGAGAGACCCCCACCCACAGUACCGAUGGACUUCACAUGGGCAAGAGAGCUGGGGUUGAUCAGGAAACCUGCUUCCUUUAUGACCAGUAUCUGUGAUGAGCGGGGACAGGAACUGUUGUAUGCUGGGAUACCAAUCACGGAUAUAUUUAAAGAAGAUAUGGGUAUCGGAGGUGUGCUUAGUUUGCUGUGGUUCCAGAGAAGGUUACCAAAAUAUGCUACAAAGUUCAUAGAGAUGUGUUUGAUGGUGACAGCUGAUCAUGGACCGGCCGUGUCAGGGGCACAUAACACCAUUGUGUGUGCUCGCGCGGGCAAAGACCUGGUCUCCUGCCUAGCCUCUGGUCUCCUCACCAUUGGAGAUAGGUUUGGAGGUGCCCUGGAUGCAGCAGCCAAACAGUUCUCUGAUGCCUAUACCAGUGAUAUGAUACCAAUGGAGUUUGUCAACAACAUGAGAAAGGAGGGAAAACUUAUCAUGGGGAUAGGUCACAGGGUCAAAUCAAUCAAUAAUCCAGACAUGAGAGUAGUGAUACUUAAGGAGUAUGCUCAGAAGAACUUCCCCGCUACACCUCUACUGGAUUACGCCAUAGAAGUGGAGAAAAUUACAACUUCUAAGAAACCUAACCUUAUUCUGAAUGUGGAUGGUUUUAUUGGAGUGGCGUUUGUUGAUCUACUGAACAAUUGUGGAUGCUUUACUGGUGAGGAGGCCAGGGAAUUGAUUGAUGUUGGGGCCCUCAAUGGGUUAUUUGUACUCGGUCGUAGCAUGGGAUUUAUUGGUCAUUUCCUGGACCAGAAACGACUUAAGCAGGGACUGUACAGACAUCCUUGGGACGAUAUCUCCUAUGUCAUGCCAGAAACUAUGGGAUUGAUGGGGGAGGAUACAGAUAAAAUCUAAAAGACCUUUAGACCUGUCAGUAGUAGGGAGUAUUGUCCAGGGCGGGCCAUGAACAAUUCAAGAUGAUGUGAUCUCAUACGAGGGACUGAAUAUUAGUUUACAAAAUGCUUACUAGGUAAAGCUGUGUGGGAUAUACUGUAAAUGUAUUAUAUUUGGCGUGU